AAAAUAUUUUAAAAGUUUUUUGACGAUGUGGUGUUUAGUAUGAUUGGGGAAGUCCACCAUCAUUGAGCUGUAAGCGUGCCAAAACAACAGUCACAGCUUUUCCAUCACUGCUGCUGAGAUGAAAAGGUUUUUGAAAUAUUGAUAUUUUCUGGUUACCACAAACUGCCGCGAAAAAGUUUGUUUUGGUCACUUGAUGAAGAUAUUGGAGUUGAGGUAGUACCAAGGCUUUGUCUCGAAACAGAUUCUAAGAAUAAAAAGACAAUACUGACCUACCUGGUGGACAAUAAUGACGCUCCGAACACCACUGAUAAAAUGUUCAAAGUUCAAAAGCUUUCAUGCUCAUUACAAAAUGACAUGCUUAUUUCAAAAUUUAGCUUGCAUGUUCUUUCAAGUGAAAAUGACGCCAUGGACCAGUUGCUAUUUCGACAAAAUGAAAUUGUAAGGUUUUACCUAAAACAAGCUGCACAAAGUGUAACUGCUCGCCCUUCUUCAUCAAACAUCGAAGGUUUACAACUACAAGAUGAUGCCGAACACCUUCUUGAAAAGCUUUCAAAACGGAUGCGCUGUGUUAUCUACCAUAAUAGAAGCCGCUGGGGUUGUAAAAAGUACAAGAAAACACUCUGCAUAGAAAAACUUAUUUUACCAACUUUCGUUCAUAAGUGGCCACUGUGCCAAUUUGGGCACACGCCUGUAAUUCCUGAAAAAUGUCAUUUAAAUUAUUAUUUUUUUCUUUAUAUGUUUGUUUGUAUUCCUAAUAUUAAGUAAAUAAAGGCUUUCCUUUUUUACA